AAAUUAACAAAUGCUAUGGAGAACUCAACCCAAGUCAAGAUAUUUUAUCUCUUUGGCUUACAAGAGACAUUUAACAACAAAUCGGUAUAUUUUACCAUGUCUCUUAUCACAUACCUUCUCAUCAUCACUGUGAAUCUGACUCUGAUCCUAACAAUCAUUCAGGAGAAAGGUCUCCAUGAGCCCAUGUAUAUCUUUCUGUGUAGUCUGUGUGUCAAUGGAUUGUAUGGAACUGCUGGUUUCUACCCCAAGUUCUUACUGGACCUUCAGUCAGAUGUUCAGGUGAUAUCUUAUGGUGGAUGUUUCACUCAAACCUAUGUCAUAUACACAUCUGUCAUGUGUGAAAUGUCUACUCUAACAGUGAUGUCUUACGACAGGUAUGUGGCAAUAUGUAGACCACUACUAUAUCAUAAUAUUGUGAAAUCUUUAACUGUUAGAAAGUUACUCUUAUUGUCUUGGUGUUAUCCUUUAUUUAUAGGACUAAUAAGUCUUAGUUUAACAGUCAGACUUCCUUUGUGUGGAUCUCGAAUUGAUAAAAUUUUCUGUGAUUUUCCGUCUAUACUGAAACAUGCAUGUUUUUCCAUUACCAUCAAUCAGAUUUGGAGCAAAUGCCUCGUAUUGGUUCAUGUUUUACAGUUACUUUACAUUGUAUUUUCUUACUGUCAGAUUGUAAGGACUUGUGUUAAGUCAGCUAAGGGAAGGAUUAAGUUCACACAGACAUGUGUGCCACAUGUAUUAACAAUAUUUAUUUUCAUCACAGUGACCCUGUUUGACCAUUUGCAAGGGUGGAAUAAUGUAAAUAUAACUCUAAAUAUGCGUAAUGCAAUGGCCGUACAAUUCCUUGUUAUACCACCUGUCUUAAACCCUGUCAUAUAUGGACUUAACCUCAAGCAGAUUCGAAGGGCAGUUUUUAGAAAGUGUAAUACACAUACAAUCUUUGUUAUGAGACGUUAGUUACAUCUUAAACAACAGGGAGACUUACUGAUAUCAGAAGUCAACAAAAUGAAGGUAAAAUCUUCCAAAACUGCUGCAAGGUUAAAUGGCCCCUAAUUUGUUGAUGUCUAUCGCCCUCUUCUGGGAAAGUGAUUUACAAAUAUUCCAAGAAUAGAGUAAUUGUAGUACACCUCCUGAGCAUGAAAAUGCUUGACUGGCUCCCAAAUGGCACCCUAUUCCCUUUAUGGUGCACUACUUUUGACCAGAACCAAAGUAGUGCACUAUUUAGGAAAUGGGGUCCAAUGGAUAGCACAAAUAUGUGACUCCUUAUACAGUUAAGAACUUUUUAAAGAAGAACAGCAAUAUGCAAAGCUACUCCUUCGAUCUAUAUUUUCCCCACUGGGUGCUU